UGUGAUCCAUCCUCAUCCACAGAGAGAUCUUUUGCUCCAACGGACUCAUGGUGGAAGUGGCGCCCACCCGCCUUCCAGCGCGGCCGCGCACCAGGCCUGCAGCGGCCAAGGCGAAAACGACUCGGCCCAAAAAGAAGGCCCAGGGCUCGCUGGGUGCCAUCAGUGAAGCAGCCGAGUGGGCCGAGCAGUCCACGCUCGACACGUCCGGUGAGCCGUCCACGCUCACUGCGGAGGUGGACGCACUCUGGGCCGAGGCUGGCUUGGCCCCUCCGGAAGCCACUUCCCAUUCUGCGCGAGAAGGUACCCCAACCGCUGCCUCUGCCGCUGCAGCAGCGGUCGCAGCAGCUUGUGCCGCCCGGAAGGGUGGGCUUGGUGUAGCGGCUAGCCAGAAAGGCAGCGGCACAAGCUCUGGAGGAGCUGCGGAACCGCCCACCAGGAGCGCUGAACGGAGCCCUGAACGGAGCGCUCCUUCGGCCAAGAAGGAGUGCCUUCCCGCUGUGGAGAGCUCUGAGGGUGAGACCUCUGAAGAAGAGGUCGAAGUUCAGCACUUUUCCAUCCCACCGCGUUCGCCCAGGACGGAGGUCGAGAUCGAGGUGGAGCUCGAGGUGGAAGGCCUCGUUGAGGUCUCCGAGCGGAAGCCGUCUUCGGAACCGCGAACGGGCCGUCUCACGGCCCUGAAGGGCGUGGCGGCACCAGCUUCUCCCACGCGGGCACACAGAAUGGUGGCACGAGAUGAUCUCGUGGAAGAGGCUCUGAAAGCACGGAAACCUACCUCUGAGGAUUCGGAGGGUGUGCCGAAGUCCACAUUGAAGUCUUUGAAGGGACUGCAUGCCGCUGGCAGUGCUGCUGGCAGUGCUGCUGGUACAGCCACUGACAGUGCAGAAGUUGAGAUGGAGGAUGAAUGGGAAGAAAUCGGAAGGAGGACAGAAGAACUUGCUAAGCAGGCAAGGGAAGCAAAGGGCAAGGUCGCGCCAAAACAAGAUGUGCUCGGCCAGCCAGUGUCCUACAAGGAGGUCCAUGGCUGGCUUUGGCAGGCCAACCUGAUGCGAUGUUGUUUUUAGCGGUCGAGUAGAUGUAGAUGCAUCCAACUCUACCAGGAAUUUGGCACCGGCAAGAC